UAGUUUGUGUAUCCCUUGCAACCGUGGCUGCUACAGCCACAGUUUAAAUUAAUUUGAGCAUUCGCUCAGUUUUCUGACGUAUAUUCUAGAAAAAGUGCUGAGAGUGUCCAUCAAAAAGGGGCAAGCGAAGCCGUUUCUCGAUCUCCAACGAAAACGGGGAUAGGAUAAUCCAAGGGGCCGCCUGUCGAGAAGCCAGGCGAGGGCAAAAAAUCGGAUCAACCGACAGACAAAGCUGAACUGCGGUCGUCGGCGACAAAGUGCGCUGUGCCCACGGACGACCAGAGAGAAUCGCUCCGCAGUGCUCGUGUUCGCUAGUGCUCGUGUUUAGCCAAAACUAGCACCCUGGAGAAGCAUAACAAGCGCGCCCAGCUCAUCCGGGACAAGAUGGUGUUGGCGGAGCGCAACACCACGGAUGUGGUGCGCAACGGGCGCCGUUCGCGCGGCCCCAGUCCCAAUACGCACACCACGGGCGGCGUCACCAACAGCGCCAGCCUCGUGGGCAGCGGCAACAACAGCGGCCACUCCGGGAACGCCAAUGCGAACGAGAAGACCACCACAGCUGUGCCAGGUGCAGGCACGCCGGAGAGCUCCGACGACGACAACUCCACCAAACGGAACGGCAAGAGCAAGGCCAAGCAGUCUGAGUACGAAGAGAAAAUCCGCGUUGGACGCGACUACCAGGCGGUUUGUCCGCCGCUCGUUCCGGAAGCGGAGCGCCGCCCGGAACAAAUGAACGAACGCGCCCUCCUCGUAUGGUCGCCCACCAAGGAGAUUCCUGAUCUGAAAUUGGAGGAGUACAUUUCGGUGGCCAAGGAAAAGUACGGCUACAACGGCGAACAGGCAUUGGGCAUGCUGUUCUGGCACAAACACGAUCUGGAGCGUGCCGUAAUGGACCUGGCCAACUUCACGCCCUUCCCGGACGAGUGGACCAUCGAGGACAAGGUGCUGUUCGAACAGGCCUUCCAGUUCCACGGGAAGAGCUUCCACCGCAUCCGCCAGAUGCUGCCAGACAAAUCCAUAGCCAGUUUGGUCAAGUACUACUACUCGUGGAAGAAGACGCGUCACCGCAGCAGCGCCAUGGAUCGCCAAGAAAAGGCCAUCAAGGCGGUGGUCAAGGAUGGCUCCGAGAACGGCAGCGAGGUGGGCAGCAACGAGGAGUCUGAUAACGAUGACAAGAAAGGGCAUGGCACAAAUAGCACCAUAAAUACCAUCGACGCCACCACGACCUCAACCAACAACAGCACCACCAACUCCAACACCACCACCCCUGCAAAUAUCAUUGCCAACACGAUCAACAGCAACCAUAGCAGCAGCAACAGCGGCGGCGGUGGCAACAUCAACAACAACGGGGAGGAGAACAUCCAGGCCGUCGGCGGGAGCAACACCAUCAGCAACACGAGCAACAACGACAUGGACGCCGAGCAGUUGUCCCUCUUCGCCGGAAACGCCCAGAUCGAGGAGAUGAUGGCACUCGGCCUAGCCGCUGAUAGAGCCAUCGGUGCCAAUGGCGGCAACAACAACAACAACGGCGAAAUGGGGGGCGAUCCUGGCCUGAUGCGACGCAUGGUGGUGGGCGGAUUUUGCAAGAUUUGCAACGUGGUCUGCCAUGUGCUGCACGACUCGCCGCUGGGGCGCAUGUGCAAGAGCUGUCACACCCACUGGAGGCGCACGGGCAAUCGGCGACCCAUUUCCGGGCCGGAGGGCAAUGCUCCCCGAAGGUCCACACACAAUUGCGCCGCCACUGCCGAUCGAUCCAAGCGCAAACCGCCCAAGGGCAUGUACAUCAACCACGAUGACCUCACGGCCCUCGCAAGCUGCGGGAAUCCCAGUCUCUAUUUGGCGGAACGCGAGCGGAAGCUAACAGCGCUCAUGGCCGAAAUACAGAAGAAUAGGCAAGUAAUGGAGCAGCUAGACAAGGAGUGCGAAACCAUCAAUGUGGAUGAUGUGCUUUCCAAGCCGGCGGCAGCCAACACCGAAUCUGCCCAGCCACGCAUCUCUGCCCGUUGGCUGCCGGAUGAGAUCCAAGUGGCAUUGCUCGCGAUCCGCGAGUAUGGAAAAAACUUUCCUACGAUUGCCAAGGUGGUGGCCACCAAAACGGAGGCGCACGUGCGCACCUUUUACUUAAACAAUCGGCGCCGCUACAAUCUCGACCAGAUCGUAAAGGAGUACGAGGCUGGCAAGUCCGAGGAGUCGGGCGCAGAGGAGCAGACCGAGCCUGCUGUCGACGCAGCCGCGGCUGGCGCCGCAACAGCAUCUGCGCCCAGCGCGGCUGAUUCUACAUCCGCCGCGAGCGCGACAGCAGACAGGAAACAGUCCACCGAAAACAGCAACAACGGAGUUGAGACCAUGCAGGAAUCGUUGCCCAAGAAGGAGGACCCUAAGAAGCCGGAGCUGGCAGCGGCUGUGCUCAAGAUUGGCGUGGCCGAGGCAGCAGAUGCCGUGGCCACUGUGGCAUCCAGCACAGCCUCUGGCGUCAUCGGUGCCGCCACCUCCGCCAGCAAGCCCAGCACCAGUGCUACAAUCACCAUUAUAGAUGAGUCUGACACGGCCACGAACUCGAGCAGCGACGUUGUCACCACUGGACUUGCCACAUCCACCGGCUCGUCCGCACUGUCCAGCACAACUAGUGCGCCCGCAUCCAAAACGCAGACCAGCAGCGAGGAGUUGUCCGCUCAGAAAUCCAAUCCCGCGAGCGGGAUCGCAGCCAUAGGUGCUGCAACGGGCGGUGGCCAGACUGCCAACAGCUCUGGCAGCAAGCGGGAUAGCUCUGUAUUGCCCGUCGCCGAGCAGCCGCCGGCGAAGAAAAUCGCGCUCAGCACCGGAGGCGGAAGCAGCGUCGCAGAGUUCCUGGCCAACUGAGGAGCGACGUGUUCACUCGCGAUAUAUAUGCACGCAUAGAUAUAUACCGAUACAUAACAUAGAUUGAUGUUUUGGGGGACGACGUCCAAGAACUGUGCAGCCGGCCAUGCGGUUGAUCAUCGGAUUAGUUAUUUUUUUUUUAUUCUCUUAAUUGUCUUUAAACUUGGGACGCAUUUAUCGUAAAAAAGAAAGCAUCACGGCUUUAUCUAGGCUUGUAGAGAUUAGUUCGUUUGUAUUUGAGGUAACCUUGAGACAGUUCGAUUACACAUAACACACCUCCACACACGACCCCGGGGAUCGUAAAUACAUAAGCUCUGCAACUCACGUACGUAAUCUUUGAAUCCGUCGUAGCACGAAGAAGGAGCUCCGCCGAGCUCCGCUGAGCACCGCUGAUUUAGGAACGAUGUAUCUUUCACAACAAUGUAUAGGUCAGAGAUAUUUUAAAUGGGUUUGACGGGUAGAUACUGUCCUACGGCGGAUCGGUGCCACGUAGACCACACAAAACUAUGGAUUAGUGCGCCCCAAAAGGGAAGAAGUCGUCGAAAUUAGCGCAGUUUAUGUAUGUAAAACUAUGAUAAAUGAGAAGAGGAGUUGUACGCGUGUAAAUUAAUAACCAAACUCAUCAUUUUUUUUUUUUUUUCGUGACAUUACCUAGCAUAUAACAAGUAAGUGGGGUAGCCCUGCUGCCAACGCAGCUACCCCAGCUAAUACAAUCUGGAAUAUCACCCAUCCGGCCUCACCACUUCGGCACUUCGGCAGGGAGUUUCUGUUAGGCCAGCAGCAUGGCAUGGUUAUGGUGUAGCCAACACCUGGCCACCAUUGUAAACAUACAAGCAAGCUAGCAAGCGGUAUCCACAUUGGAAAACAGUCUAUAAUGUAAUAGGAGGAUGCAUGUUGUGGCAGACGAAACUCAAUCUAUACUAAAACCGAAACCGAAACCGAAAACGGAAACCUAAACCGAAAACGGAAACCUAAACCUAAAACCUAGUAUCCUAAGUAUAUACACUGGCCUAUGAAACUCGAUUUCUCUGUUCUUAGUAAAAGAGGUCUAAAUAAGAAGUUUGUACAUCUCGGAUUCGGAUUCGACUUGAAUGAGUCGCUGUCCAACGAGUUGUUAACAAUAAAUAUACGAUAAAUAU